AUGUCAUCGUGGGAAACUCCAGAAGAUUCUUCUGCUGCCUCAGUUUCAAUGACAGCACCUGACGCUCAGGACAGCCAGACGCUGCACAGCAGCUCUUCCUCCUAUUUGGUCCUGGACCUUCUAGGGCAAGGCAACUUUGGAAUGAUCUUCUCGUCCAUGAACCUCAGGACCAAGCAGAUCGUGGCUUUGAAAAUCCUGAAGGACACCGAGGACGCCGAGGACAUUGAGCAUGAGAUUACCAUGCUGAAAGUCAUCAGUGGCCUGGAUGCGGAUCUCACCAACAUGGUCAAGUUCUAUGAAGAAUUCCAGCACAUGGAAACGACCUGUUUGGUGUUUGAGAGGCUGGACAUGAGUCUCUAUGACCUGCUACUGCAGCGAGAGUGGGAGCACCAUCCUCUACAUGAGAUCCGCCCAGUUGCCAAGCAGCUCUUGGUGGCCUUGGAUGCCCUGAAGGGUCUCGGUGUCCUGCACACGGACAUAAAACCAGACAACAUUAUGUUCGUUAACAUGAAGGAUCAGCCACUCAGGGUGAAGUUAAUUGACUUUGGCUGCGCCAUGAUGGUGUCCCAAGUCGAGCUGGGGAUGGAGAUCCAGCCGUGUGGGUACAUAGCUCCAGAGAUCUCUCUGGGUCUUCCAUUCUCCGAGGCCGUCGAUGUGUGGGGGGUCGGGUGCGUACUGGCGUUCCUGUACCUGGCUCAAAACCUGUUCUCCGUUGAUUGCCAAUAUCAAAUGAUGAAGAACAUGGUGACAGUGCUGGGCCAGCCGCAGGACCACCUGCUCCGUGCUGGAAUGUACAGCGAGCAGUUUUUCAUCGAAGAGGAGGGUGAAGACAGUCCAUCAUGGAGACUGAUGACUGCAGAAGAAUUCACGGCUGUUAGUAACGUGGAAACAGAGGAAGAGGAGAGCUUCAUCGAGCUGCCGAACUCCCUCAACGGCCUGAUUCAUAUCCAUCCAAAGUUGGGGGCGGCUGAGAUGGAAGACCGCAUGGCCUUUGUGUCUCUGUUGGAGGGGCUGCUGCAUCUUGACGGGGAUGAGAGGAUCUCUCCUCGUCAAGCUCUGGAGCUGCCCUUCAUUUCCAUGAGCCACCUGAGGGAGGACGUCCACAGCAGAGACUAUCUGACCACCUCCCAAGACGCAAUGAGGGUCUGCCCAACGGAGGACAGCGUCCAGUGCUCAACCACAAACAGCGGCUACUCUGGCUCCAUGGACCACGUCUCCUGGGAUUCUGUGGAGGCUCUAGACUCCACAAGUGCCACCAGUGAAUGGUCCUGGUGUUCUGACCUGUCCACAGACACCACCUGUUCGCCAAAUUUCGAUGACACCAGUGAGGAACUCUCGGGGUUGUCUGACCUGUCUAUGGACUCCGGAGAUACCUCGGUCUGGUCGUCCAUCGGAGAUGAUGGCACCAGGGAGGAAGUCUCCGGGUGUUCUGACCUGUCUGUGGACUCCGGAGAUACCUCGGUCUGGUCGUCCAUCGGAGUUGAUGGCACCAGGGAGGAAGUCUCCGGGUGGUCUGACCUGUCUAUGGACUCCGGAGAUACCUCGGUCUGGUCGUCCAUCGGAGAUGAUGACACCAGGGAGGAAGUCUCGGGGUGUUCUGACCUGUCUAUGGACUCCGGAGAUACCUCGGUCUGGUCGUCCAUCGGAGUUGAUGGCACCAGGGAGGAAGUCUCCGGGUGGUCUGACCUGUCUAUGGACUCCGGAGAUACCUCAGUCUAUACCUCGGUCUGGUCGUCCAUCGGAGUUGAUGGCACCAGGGAGGAAGUCUCCGGGUGGUCUGACCUGUCUAUGGACUCCGGAGAUACCUCGGUCUGUUCAUCCAUCGGAGAUGAUGACACCAGGGAGGAAGUCUCCGGGUGUUCUGACCUGUCUGUGGACUCCGGAGAUACCUCGGUCUGGUCGUCCAUCGGAGAUGAUGACACCAGGGAGGAAGUCUCCUGGAGGUCUGACGAGGCUGCAGACGUCACCGCUGCAGCCACAGCCUCUUCGGGCGGCAAGAGGAAGCUGUGGAGAAGAAUUAGAAAAUUCUUCUCAAGCCUCACAUGCUGCUGCCGUCCGAAAGUUGAGGACUGA